UUCUAGUUUAUUAUUAGAUAGCCUUCGGUUCAGAUGGAGUUGAUUAGUCGUAGUAAUCUGUAAAUGAGUGAUGAAUGCUUAGUAGGAAUGUGACAUUCUUGGUUUGACGGGCAUGAAGUAAAGUUGGCAGACCGAGUGAGGCGUUAGCUAAGAUCAAAUGGAGGAGGAGAAGCUCCACGGUUUGCCCUCAUCCAAAAGAACUCCUCGGUCGCUCAAGGUGCCGGCUUCAGCUGCUGUUUUCGUCUUGUUCUUGAUCAUAGUUCUCAGCGGCUGCAUCAUUUCAGGGCUAGAUAUUUUUAUUUUUCCAGGUGGGUCAUUGAGGGAAGUAUUUAAUGUCAAUAAAAUUCCAGAAGAUUCGUUGCGGUCAUCCCAAAAGAUCGAGUAUCUUCUCAACUGCACCAAUGCAACCAAGCCACAAACAUGCCCAAUAGAUUAUCUAACGAUGUUCCAACCCACGGACUUGCCCGCCAGAGAGUGUCCAGAGUACUUCCGGUGGAUCCACGAGGAUCUCCGGGCCUGGAAAAGCACGGGAAUCACGAAGGAAAUGGUGGAGAGGACAAGAGACUUUGCACACUAUAGGCUAGUGAUUCUCAAGGGGAGGGUCUAUGUGGAGCACUUUAGGAAGCCCUACCAAACAAGAGAUGUGGGAACAAUAUGGGGGAUUGUGCAGCUCCUGAGGUUGUACCCAGGAAAAAUACCAGAUCUUGAGUUGAUGUUUUAUUGCAAUGACCAGCCAGUAAUCAUGAAGAACGACUACCAGGGGCCGAAUGCCACGUUGCCUCCCCCGCUAUUCCGCUUCUGUGGAAAUCAGUCAGCCUUCGACAUCACGUUUCCUGAUUGGUCAUUCUGGGGAUGGGCUGAGAUCAACAUAGGGCCGUGGGAAAGUACUGUGAGAGCCAUUAGACAGAACUCCGAGAAAAUUGAGUGGAACGAUAAAGUACCUUAUGCUUACUGGAAAGGGAACACAGGUGUCGCAGCCACUAGGAGAGACCUAAUGAAGUGCAAUGCAACCAGUGGACAGGACUGGAAAACUCAUCUGUAUCACCAGGAAUGGUCUCGUGAAGUUAGUCAAGGAUUCAAGCAAUCAAAGUUAGAAGACCAGUGCACCCACAGGUACAAGAUAUACGUGGAAGGAGAGGCCUGGUCGGUGAGCGAGAAGUACAUUAUGGCAUGUAACUCGAUGACAUUGAUGGUAAAGCCUGAAUUCCUCGAUUUCUUCACAAGAGGGAUGAUCCCUUUGGAGCAUUACUGGCCCAUUAGGCCAGACAACAAGUGCAGAGAUAUCAAGUUUGCAGUUGAAUGGGGCAACAAUCACCCUCAAGAGGCCCAGGUUAUUGGGGAGAGUGGAAGCAAAUUCAUGGAGGAGGGUCUGAAGAUGAAGAACGUAUAUGAUUACAUGUUUCAUCUUCUCAGCGGAUACGGCAAACUUAUCACUUACAAGCCAGAGAUACCUCCAGGAGCAAUCGAAUACUGUUCAGAGACAAUGGCAUGCCCUGCUCAAGGGUUGUUUAGAAAGAACAUGCUCGAAUCAAUGGUUAAGUCCCCCAGUGAUUCGCCUCCAUGCACACUGCCACCGCCUUAUGAGCCGGGAGAAUUUCAAGCAUUUCUCGGGAGGAAAGAGAGCGUCUCAAGACAAGUGGAGCGGUGGGAAGCCGAAUACUGGGAGAAAAUGAACAAGAACUGACGGAUGCUACAUUAACUUUGUUUGGCAUUCUCAGGAUAAUUUUCAGUCAAGCCUUUGUACUUCUUUUUUGUUUUUUCAAACUGCAUAUUUUUAUGUUCCAGUUUCUAGGCUGCUGGAAGAAGUUUCCUAUGGAUUAGACAUGGAAACAUGAGUAACACAUAGGUUG